ACCACCACCACCACCACCACCACUUUCACUUGCACUUGGAGUGCAUACAAACCUUGAAAAACCACAUCCACGCGCACAAACGUCACGUCGCACCCACAUACCCACCCACUUGCCACCUAAUCCCCCCCAAUUUGCAAACAACGCGCCCCCCUUUAAUAUCUGGUGCAUCCAAAACACGACUGCAUACAUAAUAUUUCGACUAGUCCAUUUCCAUCAACAACCCACUACACCAUCAACAACCCAACCCACCUACACGCGUCGGCCAAAAUCCUUUCCCCCCUUCCCCUCCCCCACCCUCUACGGAUGAGCGGCACGCCGAAUGGCGCUGCAUCGCAGUCGUCGCGCGCAGCAUCUGGUGCAGCACCACGCUGGACUACUGCAGCAAUGGUAGCUGCACGCGCAACUGCUGCACCGUCACCAACAUCAUCCGCGUCAUCCCCGUCUUCCUCCUCCACUCCGCGCGCACGGCCACCACAACAAUCGCUCCCACUAGCACCACCACCACCACCACAACCAUCACUGUCGUCAUCAUCAUCAUCGCACGCACCACCAUCACUCCCCGCGACCUCUUCCGCAUCGGCCUCCACCUCCACCUCGCGCAUCGCACCACCCGCGAAUGGCAGGGCAAGCCCAAGCAUUGCCAGUGCGGCCUCUUCCAACGGCAACGGCAGCAACCCGAGCAGAUCCAAGGCACCACCACCACCACCUCUGCACGUCACCGCAGCGGCAGUUGCCGCCGCCGCUCCCUCCCCCUCCGCGUCGCCGACCCUCCCGCACAAAGCUCCGUCGUCCACCCCUUCCGUCUCGACACCAACAAGUCGCAACCCUGCAGCUCCUACGCGUCCGAGACAUAGCGCAGGGAGCUCUUCGUCCCUCACUGCAACCGCAGCCGGCGGCACAACGACCCCUUCAUCAUCUGCAGCGCCUUCGGUUGCCCGACGAGAUUUGCAGAGCACCGCCGCGGACGACACACCUAUCCGAGACGCACCCAGAAGAGACACAGCAAAGCGAGACACACCAAAGGUCGAUGCUCCUCGUCGCGAUACUCCCAGACGCGAUACCCCAAAGCGCGAUACGCCCAGGCGCGAAACUCCGAGACGCGACACACCAAAGCGGGGUGAAACACCGAAAAGCGAUCCGGUACCACCAACAGCCGAUCGUUCCAGCUCGGUAGGCGCGGCUCCAUCUGUCGCGUCGUCAUCGACUGCGGGUCCGAGUAAUGCCCCCAACGGUGUUGCUGCAGAAGAUGACCAGCAGCCAAAGAAGAAGCAAAAGCGCCGCGGCUGGAAAGGCUGGGCAGUCGAAAUUAUCGACGAGUACGGCAACAAGAUUGUUCGAUCACCCAGCCCAGAGCCGGAACGGCUACCGGGGGCACCACCCCGUCCCCGCGGCCGACCACGAACGCGGCCGCAGCCGCAGCCAGAGCCCCAGUCAGAUCCAGCACCGCCUGACCAGGAAGAUGCAACCCAACCAGCUGGUGUCGCUGGCGAUCUUGCGGCCCCGGACGACGCCGCGGCGGUGGAGAAUGCAAUCGCGGUUUCAAGCCCACCUCCACCAUCGCCCGGAGUGGAGGCUGCCGAUGUCGACUUGCCACUGGCAGACGAACCUCCCCAUGAUGCUGCCGAGUCGGUCGGCCUUCGGAGGUUGUCAGCCGCGGCAAAGCCGGCGAGAGAUACGACAGGUGUCCCUGAACGAGAGUCGUCAUCGCCUGCCGCUGUUCAGGACCCAGCACCUGCUAAACCUGCUUCGGAAGCACGCUCGACAUCUAGCAAGGAGGGAGUCAAGCGGGGUAGACCUCGCGAGAGUCUCCUGUCAAAACGACGACUGAACACUAGCGCUUCUCCGCCGCCCUCCGGCAAACGCGCCAAACCCGCGGUUGCCUCUCGCGACAGCUCACGAGCACCUGCAUUAAGCACGCCUGAUGAGCCUACGCCGCCUCCACCCCACCGCGCAGAAGCCCGAGGACCACGGCGUUCGGACCCCGGACCGGCUGUGGUGACAAGCGAUCCGUCCUCCACGGCGACUUCCAAAGCGUUUGAAACGCCCGCCAGCGUGCCCAUUCAGCGCGUCAGAGACAUUGCUCCUGGCCAACCCAGUACGCCGACUCCAGCUGCUGCCGGGGCUCGGGCCAAGUUGCCAAAGAUUGCUCCUGCACCUCUUAGGCAACUCGGCAACGGUACCAAGAGCAACGGCCGCGCCAGCCCUGCGGCUAUUGCACCGGCCCCGAACCCAAGUUCAGCCAGAGGAAAGCAAAGCUUGAGCAGGGAUGACUCGCCACGCGCAAGCCCCAGCAGCCUCCCUGGGACUACAACCCCUCGCAUGGGUGCGUCGGAGGCUUCGAGGGCGAGUUCAUCGAAGCCUCGUUCAGCCGCCCCUUCGAACCAGCGAACGUUAGACGAGUUCACUGUUGAGAAGCCGAAAGCUGCUCGCGGUCUAGCGGGCCCUGUGUAUCCAUCACCGCCGGAGAGCGAUGGGCGAGACGUUCAAAUGGAGGUUGACGAAGCGCCUUUACCGCCGCGAAAGGAGGCCGUGCCUCGACGGGAGAAGGGCUCAGUUACGCCACGCGAGUCGGUCACGGCGGUUCAAACGAUUGCGCGGGUAUUACCCGCCGUGUCAGACGAGGCCAGGUUUAUUAUCGAGGCCAACGAGAAGCGGCGAGAGCUCGAGAAACGGGAGGUCCAAAAGGCUGCUAAGCGCAACGACGACCCGAAGGUCAAUCGCCCUCGUUCCAGUGAGGAUGGCCGCGAAGCCCGUCGAAUUUGGGAAGGUCGCAGGCCCGGCCCUCAAGAUGACACUCGAGAGCGUGGGCGAGAGGAGCCCCCAGCACAUCAGCGAAAACAGCAGAGACGUCCCAUGGACGACGAUGUGGUUUUCAUUGAGGAGCGCGGACAGUUUUGGAACGGCAAAGAUACUCGACAAGAGCGUGAGCGCGAGGAUCGUACUCAUCACAGUAAUGGGAGGGAUUUUUCCAAGGAUCGAUCACACCACCACGAAGGUUACGACCACCUUGAGCGGCACAGUGGCAUCCGCAAUCCUCGCGAGUUUGAGGAUCGCACCAGGCGUCAUGCCGAGCAGUGGGACCGUGGGGUAGAGACGCCAGAACGGCGAGACCUGCGGGACUAUCGCGAGCACCCAGACCCGCGAUUUGUUCGUGAUCGCGAGGUUCUCGAUCCUCGGGGCCAUCCCGAGUCCUACCGGUCUGACUCGCGAAAUGCUCGCGAGGAGCGAGACCAGGAUCCACGCGUUCCGAACGGAAGACACCGCAAUUAUGCCCCACCACCUCAGAACGGGCCGUACACGCAGCCUUACCACCCCCCACCUACGGCCUACCCAGCUGGCUACCCACAGCAAUAUGUGUACCAUCCCUCUCAUCCUGCCCAAUUCACGCCCCCUCUGUCUGCCGAUCCCAUUCAUCGACCUAGGCAGGCCCCGUAUCCUCCCGACGCCCCGCCAUUACAAUUCUCGCCACGCCCACGUUCAGAAGGAUCCGAAUGGCCCUUCCCUGCAACGCGAACGUCGCCGUAUGGACCGGCAGUUCAUGGAGCCCCAGUACCUCAUCCCCGGGCACAGCCGUCACCAGCUGCGCCCGCCGCUGCUGGACCUUCGAGAAGAGACGCUGCACCGCCCCCUGUCACGGCUGCUCCACCCCCUCACCAUGUCGCAGGUUCAAGUGCUUCUGGUGCUCCCCCAGCUGGUUAUCGCCCUGUUUCAGCGCCGAGUCUUAGCUAUGUGGACGUUGUUCCAGUGCCCUUUCCUACUGGACCGCCAUACGUGGCACCGGAACCGCGUGCUCCUUCACGCUUAUCGGAUUCCGCGCCGCAAGUUAUCCUUGCACCUCGUGGGAACGAGCCACCGAUGCCUACUAGUCGGGCUGAUAUUCCCUGGGCACGGCUGCAUGCCAAUGGGUUUGAAGGGUUAGACCCUAGUCUGGAUGAAAAUGCCCGAGGAUUUGUCGAGAAUGUCAAGAACAACCUCCGGACCCUCGUCUCAACCUACUUUGUUGAGCCGAGCAACAUGCGCGAUGCCUUCCUUGAGAGUAUUGGCCGCGACCUUGUAGAUCUUGGCUGGCAGCUCACCGACGGGAGUGAUGGGGCGCUGUACUCUCGCGGCGCUCCAAAGCCAUAAUAAGAUGUGAACCCAGGCGAUUUUACGCAACCCCAGGCGCAUGUAGCUAUGACCUUGACAAUGUGGUCCUUUUGCUGUUCCUGUUUACAUAUUUUUGUUCCUGGUAGACCCCCCCCCCCCGUGC